CUCUACCAUCAAACAGGUUCUUCAUUCAAUGCUGUUUAUGUUACUCCAACAGAAUCACAAGGUGAUAAGGUGAUUAGGCAUAAUUACUUGAAAGCCCUUCAAGGUUUUGCUUGUUCUAUUUCUUCAAAGAGGUUUAGUUAUCAACAAAGAAAGAAGAGAAAAUGAGAGAAAAUACUUCAGAAACAUGGUUGGUAUUGAUGACUGUGAUGAUAAUAUUGGGAAGUGGAAUAGUGAUGUUUGCAAAAAUGGUUCAAGAAAAGUUGAAGAAAGGAGAGAGAAGAAGUAAGUUGAGAUUGCCACCGGGGAGAAGAGGAUGGCCAUUGAUUGGUGACAGCAUCAAUUGGUACAAUGCUGUUGCAAGUUCUCAUCCUCCUCAGUUUGUUGAAGAAAUGGUGAAGAGGUAUGGGAAGAUAUUUUCUUGCAGCCUAUUUGGGAAAUGGGCAGUGGUGUCUGCAGAUCCAACCUUCAACCGGUUUGUGAUGCAGAACGAAGGGAAAUUGUUCCGGUCGAGUUAUCCGAAGUCAUUCAGAGAUUUGGUUGGUAAAAAUGGUGUGAUCACAGUGCAAGGAGAGCAACAGAGGAAGCUGCAUGGAAUCGCCUCGAAUAUGAUGCGCCUUGAGAAGCUCAAGUUCCAUUUCUUGAAUGAUAUACAAAAGGUCAUGCUCCAAACUUUGAGCAAUUUUGAGAACAACCAAGUCAUUCUUCUCCAAGAUGUUUGUAGAAAGGUAGCAAUUAACUUAAUGGUUAAUCAACUAUUAGGGGUUUCAAGUGAGUCUCAAAUCAAUGAAAUGGCUCAGUUGUUCUCUGACUUUGUUGAUGGUUGUCUUUCAAUUCCAAUCAACACACCAGGAUUUACAUACCACACUGCUAUGAAGGGAAGGGAGAAAAUCAUAAACAAGAUAAACAAGACCAUAGAAGUACACAGAAAAAAUGAUGCUCCAACUGUAGGGAGUGGUGUGCUUGGAAGGCUGCUAGAGGAAGAAAGUCUACCAGAUGAUGCUGUAGCAGAUUUCAUCAUCAAUCUUCUCUUUGCCGGGAAUGAAACCACGACGAAAACAAUGCUUUUUGCUGUCUAUUUCCUUACUCAGUGUCCUCAAGCCAUGAAGCAACUUCUGGAUGAACAAGAUUCUCUGAGGAGUAAUUCUGGAGAAGAGUUUCUUACAUGGCAGGAUUACAAAGCAAUGCCUUUCACUCAAUGUGUUAUUGAUGAAACACUUAGAGUUGGGGGAAUUGCAAUUUGGUUGAUGAGAGAAGCAAAAGAAGACAUUCAAUACCAAGAUUUUGUUAUUCCAAAAGGAUGCUUUGUAGUUCCAUUUCUUUCAGCAGUCCAUUUAGAUGAGAAUGUGUAUAAUGGAUCUCUAAACUUCAAUCCUUGGAGAUGGAUGGAGCCUGAAAAUGAGGAGAAGAGAAACUGGAGAACUAGUCCAUUCUAUGCACCCUUUGGAGGAGGUGCAAGAUUCUGUCCUGGAGCCGAGCUUGCUCGCCUUCAGAUUGCGCUUUUUCUUCAUUACUUUGUAACUACCUACAGAUGGACACAGAUGAAGGAAGACAGGAUGUCCUUCUUUCCCUCUGCAAGAUUAGUGAAUGGCUUUGAAAUAUGCCUAACAAGAAGACAAGAUCAUGAAGAAACAAGUUGAAAAGAUCAUGUCACCAAUGUUCAUAUCAAAUUCCUUCAAGUUCUCCACUAUUUUUUGAGUCAUUGUUUUCUCUGGCUACUCUUUUUUGCUGAGUACUCUCUCAGUUUCACCCAGCAAUGAUGUGUUUUUCAGAGUUUGAAUUCUGUUCUCAAUGUAUCAAUAACUGUGUAUAGAUUUUUUUCCCUUUCUUUUCCCCUCCUUUCUUUAUAGUGCAGAUGUGCACUAGUCAUAAAGGUUGUAUAGUAUACAGCAUCCAA